CCGGAUAUGAGCAUUAUUGAGCACGUUUGGGACUAUUUGGAUCGUCGUGUCCGCACUCGCACGCCGCUGCCACGGAACUGCACUGAGUUAUGGGAGGCUUUGGUGGAGGAAUGGGGUCGUGUUGAGGAGAAGUACAUCACAAAGUUAUAUGAGAGUAUGCCAGAGCGUAUUAAGGCUCUUCUUGAUGCUAAAGGGGGACAUACUAAGUAUUAG